AUCACAAUCCAUAAUACACGAAGAAAAGAACCAUCGUCUCUUUCGGGAGAAAAAAGUUAUAUACAAAAAAACGAGAGAUUCGGGGAGCCAGGGAGGCCAAUGACGGAGACGUCAGGGGAAAUCCGGUGGCCUCUGCUGGCGGCGCCGGAGAAGGGAAUAUCGGAGAGGUUGACGGUGGACGAGAUGCUGGAGAAGCACUGCGGGGAGUUUGGGAGAUGGCAACUGAAGCACUUUGUGGUGACGAGCCUGGCUUGGGCGCUUGAGGCCUUUCAUACUAUGGUUAUGAUAUUCGCAGACCGGGAACCGGAAUGGGUUUGUGUUGGAUCCGGUUCGGGAUGUGGUGAGGGGAAGGUUGGGAUUUGUGGGAUAGAACCGGGGUCGUGGAGGUGGAGCGGAGGGGCGGGGAUAUCGACGGUGUCUGAAUGGGGAUUGAUUUGCGGUGAUAAGUAUAAGGUUGGAUUGGUUCAGGCCUUGUUUUUUGGCGGCUGUAUGAUUGGUGCAGGAGUUUUUGGGCAUCUUUCAGAUUCUAAAUUGGGAAGAAAAGGAUCUCUCACGGUAGUAUGCAUUCUGAACGCUAUUUUUGGAAUUGCAACCGCUUUUUCUCCCAAUUACUACAUCUACACUCUCCUCCGUUUCCUCACCGGCUUCAGCACCGGCGGUGUCGGUCUCUGCGCCUUUGUCCUUGCAACCGAGCCCAUCGGCCCUACCAAACGCGGCAUUGCUGGAAUGUCCACCUUCUACUUCUUCUCCUCCGGCAUUGCUGCCCUCUCCGCCAUUGCCUACUUCUUCAAAUCAUGGCGCCAUCUCUACAUUGCCUCCUCUCUCCCUUCAUUCUUCUUCAUUCUCCUUGUCCUUCCUUUCCUCUCUGAAUCCCCUCGGUGGUUCCUCGUCCGUGGCAGGGUCACCGAGGCUACAAGCCUCAUGGCUGCUAUCGCCAAAGCAAAUGGAAACCACCUCCCCGACGGAGUGUUUCUCGCCCUAGAUGAAGACACCAAACGCGACGAAAUCCAACAAUCCACCCAGUCGGGGUCACUCCUGGAUGUGAUGCGCUCUCCUAUUACUCGAAUCCGGUUGAUACUAGCUGUGGCUAUUAAUUUCAUGUGCGCUGUUGUGUACUAUGGGUUGAGCUUGAAUGUGGUGAAUCUCGACACGAACAUUUACAUGAACGUAGCAGUUAACGCAGUGGCGGAAAUGCCGGCGUUCUUGAUCACGGCGGUGCUAUUGGACGUGUGUGGGAGGAAGCCGUUGGCAAUAGGGACGUUAUGGUUCAGCGGGGUGUUCUGUUUGGCUGGGAGUUCAAUGAAGGGAGUGGGGAUUUGGAAGGUCAUUAGAAUGGGGUGCGGAGUGUUGGGAAUAUUCGGGAUGGCAGGGACUUAUAAUCUCUUGUAUAUUUACACGGCGGAGCUGUUUCCGACCGUUGUGAGGAACGCUGCCUUAGGGAGUGCAACUCAAGCAUCGCAGAUGGGGGCGAUAUUGGCACCAUUUGUGGUGGUGAUGGGCGGAGGGCUGCCGUUCGCGGUGUUUGCGGGGUGUGGGAUUGUGGGAGGGGCUUUGGCCUUUUACUUGCCGGAGACUUUGAAUAAGCCUUUGUAUGAUACAAUGGGAGGAAUGGAAGAUGGGGAAAGAGUUUGUAAUUUGAAUUGUAAUGCCUAACUUUUCCAAGACUGGGGAAUGUUAUUGUGACUUUAAUUAUGUACUUGGCUUGCUACAGUUUUUGUUUUGUUUAUUGAUUAAAGUUCUAAACACAAUUUUGUUCA